CGGGCAGGUCUUUGUACGACACAAGCCCACGACUGCAUCAGGCAGGAAGUGUUAACGUCCUACGAGCUCAGAGCGACGAGACCACAGGACUGGGUACAGGUCAACAGUGGCCUCAGCGCUGGCCUGGAGCUGCACACGUCAGUGAUUAAAAACUAACAAAUACUGAAACGUCGUCCUGUACUGUCCCUAGAAACAAGCAUUAAAAAGGGACAGCGGCCGCUCAGAGAUGGAGUGGCAGGAACUGUCCUGGGACAGAUGGACAGAAUCUCAUGUGAGCUCCUGGUUGAGAUUCAUUGGAACAGAAGAAGCACACAUUAAAACACUGGAGGAGGAGAAGGUGACAGGACCAGAUCUGGCAACUCUACACAGAGAAUUCUUCAGCAAUACAGUAGGAAUGAAUAGUGUCCAAAUUGAACAUCUCCUGAGGAAAAGAGAAGAGCUCCUAAAGUCAGGGCAAGAACCAAAGCUUUCCUCUCAGGAAGCGUCCGACGAAGCAGAGCAGAGCAGCAUUCCCACAGCAUGCAGUGACAGCUGGACCUCCUCAGUAGAAGCUCUGUCUUUUUGUGAGUAUCGCAAAUUUGACCAGAAUGAAAAAGACUGCAGGUACGUAAAGCACAAGGUGCUUCCUCCAGAGACAGGAACUGACAACAUGCUUGUUCCAUGUCACGAAUAUAAGUCGCUUGAGAAUGCACACAAACUAGACUCAAAGCUCCUAAAAGUAAAAGUAGCAAUGGAGGUGUUGAGGUUUGCAUGUGCAUGCAUGAAUAUGAGAGCCAAUGGAACAAUUCAUUUUGGCAUUAUGGAUAAAGUCAAAGGCUCUCAUAAGCACGGGGAAAUCAUAGGGAUACCUAUCAGAAACCAGGAAGACUUUGUAGAUGCUUUAGAUUACAUUGAAAAAUGCUUCAAAGGAUCAAAUCAACAAACCGAUGCCAGGAGUUGCAUAAGAAACCCGCGAUUCAUCGAGGUGCUUGACAAGGAAACUCCUGAGAAGACAUGGGUCAUCGAAUACGAUGUUGUCCCAAAGGCAACCACCGUAAAAGGCAAGAUAUACAGCGUGGGUGUCCCCAGACCUACUGACAAGGACAAAGUCAAAUGUGAAGAGAAGGUUCCCUACUACAGAGCAGGAGCAAACACAAAACGAGUAACUGACGAUGACCUUGUUGAAUUCAUCCAAGGACUGAGAGAGAAAGACCAACAGAGAGAGGAGGCAGAAGCUUCAAGCCACGAAACCCCUCUAGACUUCAGAGAGGAUCAAAAGAGAAAACUGCGCAUCCUGUUGACAUGUGGAAAAACACACAUGGACAACUCUCUGCGUUACAUUGUGGUCACCAGCAAAAUUCAGCCCGAGCAUCUUGACAGCAUAGACUUCUUGGUGAACAUGAAUCUAUUCUGUGUGUUUGAUUUUGAUCCUGAUUCAAAGACAUCUGGCUUUUGUGGCACAUAUAGGAAACAGAAGGCUGUAAACCUUCACUUUCUUAAGGACUACGCAGGUGACGAUAGAUUAGAGAGUUCAGAUUUCAUAAAAUCUUUGCAGCUUUUUGAGAAAACAAGCUGGAUUUUCAGCAACGGAAGAAGCGACUUCCCUGGUGGGGAGCAACCCUGUGACGAGACAACCUGGAUCAGAACAAGAAAAAAGAAGCUGAAAAGAGCAGUGUCAGUCAUCUGCAAUGACAUCCUUCCCAGACAUUCCUUUGUCGUCCUGUUCUUGCUCACGUCUGAUGUUGAGCAGCCACUUGUCGAGACUUUCCAUGAAUUCUAUGCCGAGAUGAAUGGACAUGACUUUUUGACUGUCAUAUCAGAGUCAAAAGACAACUUCAAAAGGUUUUCGAGCCUUGCCCAGGUGUCGUGUCCUAUCUCUGCACUCAAAGAAAUCAGUGUUGAAAUGCCACUGAGUCAUGUGGAUGCCUCAGUUCAAAGCAUUCAGCUCUCAAAGAAUCAGCCCACAAGGAAGUUACCGGUGUUCAGCGGAGGCCUGUGCUUCCUAAAGUCUGUUGAUGAGGCCAUGCUGGAUUCUCUGGAAAUCAUCAGUGUUGACCAGUGCAAUGAAACCAAACUGGAGAUCAUGAGUGAGGACGAGAUCCAACAAACCGAAAGCUACUUCUAUCAAGGUGGAAAGAUAGACUGGCUCAACUUCUGGCUUGCCGACAAACGCAAAUGUGGAGAUAUAAUAAAGAGGGAUGCCUACAGAGAAGCUAGCACAAUCCUGGACAACAUAGCGCAUCGUACCAAAGCCAAGCGUCCCAUAGAGAGUGUGAGCAUAUACCACCAACCUGGAAGUGGUGGCAGUACGGUGGCACGUCAGAUCCUGUGGGGUUGGAGAAACAAAGUACGCUGUGCAGUAGUCAAACAGGGCAAAGAAAUCACCACUGUCUGUGAGCACGCUGUGAAACUGAGGGAGCAUGAUGAAAACGACAAAAGCAGUUGUCUUCCAGUGCUCCUGCUGUUGGAGAACCACAAUGCAGAUAGCAUCGACGAGCUUAGAGGACAGCUGGGGAAUGUCAUCGCAACCAAAAAGAUAAGUGCGUCCACGUUGUGCUUCAUCCUGCUCAUCUGCAGCAGGUCCAAUGAUCCAGAGAAAAUGUGCAGAGCAUCGCCAUCUCAAACAGUGGCAGUAACACACAAGCUGUCCGAUGCAGAGAAGCCUUUGUUCUCGGAAAAGCUUGAGCAACUCAAACUGCAGAACCAAACAGAUUUCAUCCUCACAUUUGUUCUGAUGAGUGAAGAGUUCAAGCCAAGCUACGUUGAGGACUUUGUAAAAAACCUUCUUGUUAAAACGGAUCAUUCUUCGCUCACUACUCGCCUCAUCAGAUUCGUGGCUCUCUUGAACAGUUAUGUCGAUGAUUCAUACAUAUCUGUGUCACACUGCGAAGCAUCUCUUGGCAUCACUGCCUAUGUGGACAGUGCUCAGUACCAGGCCUUUGUGGAAGGUCUCAGUGAUGAAGCUAGACUUCUUCUCAUCCACCUGAAACAAAGUUCGACACACAUCCAAUCGAUACGAAUCAUUCAUCCACUGGUGGCAAAAGAAAUUCUGCGCCAGCUGUCGGCACAUGUGCCUCUGAACGAUAUUGCCAUGGAUCUCAUCACAGACAAGGUUCUCAUCAAUCACAGGUUCGAUCAGGUCACGUUCCUGAAGUUCAUCAAAGAUUUUUUCAUUCGACGAAACAAAAAAAGCAGGGGAGAUCUUGCAGACACAGCUUUUUCCCCCUUUAUCGAGCAUGUCAAAGCCUGCAACUGCGACGGCGACUGCGACUGCAACGUUCAGAAAGCUGUUGAUCUGAUGAAAGCUGCUUUCAUAGCUUUGGGAAAAGAUGCAUAUGUGGCACAGCAGCUUGCCCGGCUGCUGUACAUACAUUUUAGAUUUAAAGAGGCCCUUGAAUGGGCAGAAGAAGCAAAAUCUCUUCUUCCACACGACACAUUUGUCCUCGACACAGUGGGACAAGUUUACAAGUGGUGGUUUUACUGCUUGUUCGAUACUCUUGAGGUAGAAGAACCAUCCCCUGAAAUGGGAAUUGAAAUCAUAAGCAUUGCACUCAAAGGAAUGUCUGCCUUUCGUGUCUCUGAAAGAACUCCAACAAAAGAAAACGUCACAAUCAACAGUUCCUACUACGGCGAAGUAGACGUUGGCUGCAGGCUGCUAAAGUUCCUGUCAGGGGUAGAUGUUUUUUCAAACAGUACUGGAAAGUCCGAGUUGAUGCGGUACUUGUUAACAGACCACAUUCCAGCAGAUGUGAAAACACCCUGGCAGAAGUUCCAUCAGCAGUUGAAAGGCUUACAGAAGAACCUGAGCCAUGCGCUUGAGUACAUUUCUGAAGACCUCAGCUACUUUCAAACUGACAUCAGUGAGGAGGAUGAAGAGUUUGAUGCAAGGGAUCCAGAACAACUCUACAAUCCAAGGAAAUGGUUAACAAGGAAGAGCGCUGCAUACGCCAAAUUUUUUUGCAUCAUGCCAGAGGACGGCGACGAAGCAGCUGAAGGCAACAGUGAUGACUUGGCCAGCGCAUCUGAGGAGCUUUCUCCAUUCCAACGGCAGAUGAGGACCCACAGGCUUGGUGGAGGAAACGUUACGUCCAUUCUCAACUUGCAUUAUGACAAGAAACCACAUAACGCAGGAAAUAAGCUUGAGACUAUUAUAAACAUGUACCAACAAAACCUGAUAUGGAAAGACCUCGACCCAGCAGAACUUGCAAACUUCAUCUUUUGCCAGAUCGCUCUUAACUGCAUUCUGCCCGGAUCCUCAAAGCUCAUGUCCCUUCAACAACUCCAGGAUCUCAGCAAGAGAUUUAUUUCAAGAGGGAGAAGCAUGUCAUCAGCGAGCGCUCUCUUCCUCCUCUCCCUCCUGUUUUGGCCCGAGACAAGCAACGAACUAAGUUCUGCUGAUGCUAAGAUCCUCUCAUUAGCCAUUGAUGACCUGCAAAAACUCUGGGAGCUGAAAAUCCACCGCAUGACUCCAAGGAAAAGUAGAACCGCGACACACUUCUAUCUGGCGAAGGCAAGAGGUCUGAACAAGAUUGUCCACAAGAGCGCAAUUGAAAAGCACAUCGAAGGCACUCUGAGUGAAAGAAACCUAAAAUGGCGUGGAGGAGAAGUUUGGAAAACCAAGGAGGCUAAGCAGCUACUGAAACGAGUUGAAGGGUGGACGGAAAACGGAAACCUGUUUGUGAAAGUUGGAGGAGAUCGCCGGAUUCGAGUCAUUCCUCGACAUUCUUCCUCCCUGCCAAAUGGGAAUGAAAACGUCACCUUCUACUUGGGCUUCUCCUUCGACGGAGUGGGCGCCUUCGACAUCCGAGUAACAGAAUAAUGUUCAGAGUAAAACCUGGUCGUGAUCUCGAGAUGUUUCUUUCUAAUAGGACACAUGAGUGUUAUCAGAUUUAGUUCCUGAUUGGAAAGACUGACUGUAACCAGUUUAAAAAUGAUUUUCCUGUUCAGGGUUUCUUCUCGGUUGAGUUCAAAUUUCCUCAGGUUUUUAAUUUUUUUUUUUGAAUGUGCUUUUAUUCAGCUUUUAAAAACCCACUUCCUGUUAGAUAUGAUAGAGGUCUGCAUAUAUGUAAUACAUGAAUAGAUGUCAUCUCACUACAGCUUUUACUGGCCGACGAUUCUCAAAGCACAUGAUUUAUGAAUCUUGGGGUAUUGAAAUGAUUGUGAAUCAAAAAAAAAACAUUCUUGGCUUGAAUUAAUGAAAACAGAGACUCAGCCUUGAAUUAUGAAUAAAUAUUUGUAAAAGCCUUUUUCGAAGUCUUUACCUUUUAGAAUAUUUCUAAACAUAUAUAUUUUUUCAGUUUGUUCCUUUUUCUUGUGCACUGCUUAAAUGAUUUGAGAAGUGUAAUGUAUUUGAGUAAACACCAAAGUCUGCUUUAUGUUUCAGUAAAACCAAAAGCAGACGAUUUCAUAGUGAGUUCAUGUUUUUGUGCAGAACAUCGAUGAAUAAUGUUGUUAGAUUUCAUAAUCCAAAUCUCACAAGCAUUUUGUUUUGUUUUAAAUCAAAUAUUUGAUGUCAAGACUUGAUUCUAAUCAUUAUGUUGAUAAAAUGAAGGGAUCUAAAGCUGUUCUUCAUCUACAGAAUAAAGCUAAACAAUGGGGAAAAAAA